AUGCUGGGAAGAUUAGCAGUUCGACAGGCUGUCCGUUGCAGUAAAGCAUCCAUCAAGCCCGUCAACACUCAUCAGCUUUGCCUGCGCAAUUUUUCGGCCAUCCGACGUCUUUCAUUUGUCGCCGGCGCCCAGUGCCGUCCCUACCACACAACAGCAAACAUGCUCCAUCGCACGGCAAGAGGCGAACACGGAAUGGCGGCCUGUGGAAACCCAAGCGCGGCGGUCAAAUUUGAGAGGCUUCCAACAUUCGCCGAACCAACUCAUUACAACGUCCGUUUAUCGCCAUGCCUCAACCAAUUCUCUUUCGAUGGUCAUGCAACGAUUGACGUCACAAUCAAAGAAGCUACUGAUGUCUUGAAGGUGCAUGCACAGAGUUUGCUGAUUCAGUCGGUAUCGCUUAUCACUCAGCCAGGAGACGCUUCUAAAUCUCUCGAAACUAGCUACGACGAUAAGCUCAAUAUUUUGACUAUCAAGCUUCCGACUACCAUGCAGCCACAGAAGGUUCAGCUCGACUUCAAGUUUGUCGGUGAACUGAACGAUAAGAUGCGAGGAUUUUAUCGCAGUCAGUACAAGGAUAAGAACGGCACCGAAAAGUUCUUGGCUUCAACUCAGUUUGAGUCGACUUAUGCUCGCUAUGCAUUCCCAUGUUUCGAUGAGCCAAUUUACAAGGCAACUUUCGACGUUACUUUGGAAGUAGAAAAUCAUCUGACCGCUCUCUCCAAUAUGAAUGUAAUCUCCGAAACACCGACUGCUGAUGGAAAGAGAAAGGCAGUUACAUUUGCAACUUCACCAAAGAUGUCAUCGUAUCUCGUCGCUUUCGCCGUUGGUGAGCUGGAAUAUAUCAGUGCACAAACGAAAAGCGGAGUUGAGAUGCGUGUGUAUACUGUACCUGGAAAGAAAGAACAAGGUCAAUACAGUUUGGAUCUUUCUGUGAAGUGCAUUGACUGGUACAAUGAGUGGUUCGACAUCAAAUACCCUCUUCCAAAAUGUGACCUGAUUGCUAUUCCGGACUUCUCAAUGGGUGCGAUGGAGAACUGGGGACUUGUCACGUAUCGUGAAAUCGCUCUUCUUGUUGAUCCAGGAGUCACGUCCACCAGACAAAAGUCUAGAGUUGCUUUAGUCGUUGCUCACGAGUUGGCUCAUUUAUGGUUCGGAAAUCUUGUGACUAUGAAAUGGUGGACUGAUCUUUGGCUUAAAGAAGGAUUUGCAUCAUUCAUGGAAUACAUGUUCGUUGGCGCUAACUGUCCAGAGUUCAAGAUCUGGCUUCAUUUCCUGAAUGAUGAACUCGCGUCUGGAAUGGGACUUGAUGCACUUCGAAACUCUCAUCCAAUCGAAGUUGAAAUUGAUAAUCCGAAUGAGCUUGAUGAGAUUUACGAUUCGAUCACUUACGCCAAAUCCAAUUCAGUCAACCGCAUGCUCUGCUAUUAUCUAUCGGAGCCAGUUUUUCAAAAAGGACUUCGCCUCUAUUUGAAGAGAUUCCAAUAUUCGAAUGCAGUUACUCAAGAUUUGUGGACCGCACUGAGCGAGGCUUCAGGACAAAACGUGAAUGAAUUGAUGUCCGGUUGGACCCAACAAAUGGGAUUCCCUGUGCUGAAGGUCUCCCAGAGACAAGAUGGUAACAAUCGCAUUUUGACCGUGGAGCAACGUCGAUUCAUUUCCGAUGGAGGUGAAGACCCGAAAAAUAGCCAGUGGCAAGUGCCAAUUACAGUUGCUGUCGGAAGUUCUCCAAGUGAUGUGAAAGCCAGAUUUUUGCUAAAGGAGAAGCAGCAAGAAUUCACGAUUGAAGGUGUCGCUCCAGGAGAAUGGGUGAAGCUCAACUCUGGAACAACUGGAUUCUACCGAGUCGAAUAUUCGGAUGAAAUGCUAACUGCAAUGCUGCCCGAUAUCGCUUCUCGCCGAAUGCCAGUACUCGAUCGAUUCGGAUUGAUUAAUGAUCUCUCUGCUCUUCUCAAUACCGGACGUGUUUCCAUCGCACAGUUUGUUCAAGUCGCAGCUUCUUCCGCAAAAGAAGAUGAAUAUGUUGUCUGGGGAGCUAUCGAUGAAGGAAUGAGCAAGCUCUUGGCUUGUGCUCGUGAAAUGUCCGAAGACACUUUGAAGAGUGCUAAACAACUCGUCGUUAAGAUGUUCGAGCAGACUGGGGCAGAGCUCGGAUUCGCAGAACAAGCUGGAGAAGACUCGCAGAAAAUGAUGUUGAGAUCGCUUGUUCAAGCACGACUCGCCCGUGCAGGUCAUCAACCAACAAUUGACAAGUUCACUCAGAUGUUCAAUGAUUUCCUGGAGAAAGGAACGCCAAUUCAUCCAGACAUUCGGCUAGCCACUUUCGGUGUUGUUGCUCGGUAUGGAGGAAAGGAAGGAUUCGAUAAGCUAAUGAAUCUCCGUGAAACUACCACAUUCCAAGAGAUCGAAAGACAAACCAUGGUAGCAAUGUCUCAAACUCCGGAGGAGUCACUUCUUGCCCAACUUUUCGAAUAUGGAUUUGAGAAGAACAAGGUCCGUCCACAAGAUCAGCUGUAUCUCUUCCUCGGAACUGGAGCGACUCAUAUGGGACAGCAAUACGCGUGGAAAUAUUUCUGCGAGCACAUUAAAGAGUUCCUCGACAAAUACGGAGGUGCCAACUCGAGUCUCUUCCAGCGAUGCCUCAAGUUUGCUGGAGAAAGUUUUGGAAACGAAAAACGAGCUGUCGAGUUUCAAGAUUUCUUCUGCAAUUGCAAUGUUCUCAGCGAUACGGAUCGCCAGACUUUGGCCAGACCCAUCGGACAGACCGUCGAAGCUAUCCGUUUGAACGCUCGCCUGCUCGAAUCCAACCGCCAAAUCAUUGAAAAUCUUCUUAAACAGAGCAACGUUUAA